GCGCCGCCGCGCCAAUGCCGGCCCCGCUGCGGCCGGCCAGCCCCCGCCUGUGCCAUGGCUCUGACCUUGUUCGACACUGAUGAAUACCGACCACCUGUUUGGAAAUCUUACUUGUAUCAGUUGCAGCAGGAAGCUCCCCAUCCUAGAAGGAUAACCUGCACUUGUGAGGUAGAGAACCGUCCCAAAUAUUAUGGAAGAGAAUUUCAUGGCAUGAUCUCAAGGGAAGAAGCUGACCAGUUAUUAAGUGUUGCAGAGGGAAGCUAUCUCAUUCGUGAAAGCCAAAGGCAACCUGGAACCUACACUUUGGCAUUAAGAUUUGGAAGUCAAACCAGAAACUUCAGACUCUACUACGAUGGAAAGCACUUUGUUGGGGAGAAACGUUUUGAGUCCAUCCAUGACCUGGUGACAGAUGGAUUGAUUACUCUUUAUAUUGAAACCAAGGCAGCAGAAUACAUUGCCAAGAUGACAAUAAAUCCAAUUUAUGAACACAUAGGAUAUACAACUUUAAACAGAGAGCCAGCACACAAAAAACAUAUGCCAACCCUGAGAGAUGCACAUGAUGGCAAAGACUCUACAGGAGAGGAUGAGGUAGCAGAAAAGAGGCUGACAUCGCUUGUCAGAAGAGCAACGCUGAAAGAAAACGAGCACGUUCCCAAAUACGAGAAGAUUCAUAACUUCAAGGUGCACACGUUCAGGGGCCCGCACUGGUGUGAGUACUGCGCCAACUUUAUGUGGGGCCUCAUUGCUCAGGGAGUCAAGUGUGCAGACUGUGGUUUAAAUGUGCACAAGCAGUGUUCCAAGAUGGUCCCAAAUGACUGCAAGCCAGACCUGAAGCACGUCAAAAAAGUGUACAGCUGUGACCUUACCACUCUAGUCAAAGCGCACUUCACAAAAAGACCCAUGGUGGUAGACAUGUGCAUUAGGGAGAUUGAAUCCCGAGGUCUUAAUUCUGAAGGACUGUACAGAGUUUCAGGAUUUAGUGAUCUUAUUGAAGAUGUCAAAAUGGCAUUUGACAGAGAUGGGGAGAAGGCUGAUAUUUCUGUGAAUAUGUAUGAAGAUAUCAAUAUUAUCACUGGUGCACUUAAACUGUACUUCAGGGAUUUGCCAAUUCCACUCAUCACGUAUGAUGCCUACCCAAAGUUUAUAGAGUCUGCAAAAACCACCGAUCCAGAUGAACAGCUGGAAAUUCUCCACGAGGCGCUGAAACUGCUGCCACCUGCACACUGUGAAACACUGAGGUAUCUCAUGGCACAUUUGAAGAGAGUAACACUCCAUGAGAAGGAAAAUCUCAUGAGUGCAGAGAACCUGGGCAUCGUGUUUGGACCAACUCUUAUGAGAGCGCCAGAACUGGAUGCGAUGGCUGCACUGAAUGACAUCCGUUAUCAGAGACUUGUGGUGGAGAUGCUUAUAAAAAAUGAAGACAUUUUAUUUUGAAUAUUUUGGGGGUUUUGUAAUUAAAAAAAAAAAAAAAGGAAG